AUGGCCACACCCAAGCAAGAAGCCGCUUUCUUCGAGCAAGUGGCUCAUGUCAAGAGAAAAUUAAGUGUUUCUACGGGGACACCUAUUUCUUCUGUGCCUGGCUCACCUGAGCUGGGUUCUGGCAGCUCCAGAGGCAGUACAACGAGUAUUGCAACCCCUGGCUCCGUCAACUCCCCCAGCAAUGUUGCUGAUUCAUUCGUCUUCGCUUUCGAUAUCGAUGGUGUACUUGUUCGCGGCGGUAAGCCUAUUCCAGAAGCUAUCAAGGCGAUGCAAGUUCUCAACGGCCACAACGAAUAUGGUCUGCGCAUACCUCACAUCUUCCUCACUAAUGGAGGUGGAAAGACCGAAGAGCAGCGCUGCAAAGACUUAUCCGGCCAACUUGAGCAAGAUGUUCGACCUGGCCAAUUUAUUUGCGGACACACCCCGAUGAGGGAGAUGGCAGAGAAAUAUAAGACGGUCCUCGUCAUCGGCGGCGAAGGCGAGACCUGCCGCAAUGUUGCGGAAGGCUAUGGUUUCAAGGAUGUCGUCACCCCUGGCGACAUAAUCAAGCACGACGCCGCAACAACGCCCUUCCGCAAGCUCACGGACGAAGAACAUGCCAAUUCCCGCACCCGAGACUUUUCCGACGUCGUCAUUGACGCUGUCUUUGUCUUUGCCGACUCUCGAGACUGGGCUGGUGAUAUCCAGAUCAUGCUUGAUGUCGCCAUGUCCAAGGGUGGCGUCCUCAGUCAACGCAGCGAGACCUUUGACGAGGGCCCUCCUUUCUAUUUCUCCCACAACGACGUUGUGUGGUCCGCCGCACACGAGCACGUCCGUCUCGGCAUGGGUGCACUGCGUCGCAUGUUCGAAAUCACGUUCAAAGAUAUUACGGGUGGCAAAGGCGAGCUUCACACACACGCCUUUGGGAAGCCCCAGGUUCCCACGUUCGAGUUUGCCUAUCGCCUCAUGGGCCAGUGGCGCCAGACGGAGCAUGGCCUGGUCAAACCCCCACAGACUGUAUAUUUUGUCGGCGACACUCCCGAGAGCGAUAUCCGCGGCACCAAUGCCGUCAACGAAAAGGCGGACAAUGAAUGGUACAGCAUUCUUGUCAAGACUGGCGUAUACGAGGAAGGCACUGAGCCAGCAUACAAACCACGGGUGACUGUUGAUACUGUUCUUGAUGCUGUCAACCAUGGUAUUCAACGAGAGAUGCGCAAACGUGUCGCAAAGACUCUCCAAAAGCAAAAUAUUACGCCCACCGAUACCUCGGCUGUGGUGGAACCUGAUGAACUCAAGGUGUAA